AUGAAAGUUCUAGUAGCUGAUUUAUUUUCAAAGGAUGGUAUGGAAGAUCUCAAAGCCUCAGGCAUUGAAGUCCAUUAUGAUGCAGGUCUCAAUGGAGAGUCUUUAACCAAAGCAAUGAGUGAAGUUCAACCAAAUAUUCUUGUUGUUAGAUCUACCAAGGUUACCAAGGAUAUGAUAGAUGCAGAUCCAAAACUCUAAAUGGUCGUAAGAGCUGGAGCUGGAUACGAUACUAUUGAUGUAGCUCAUUGUGCUAGCCUAGGAGUUUAUGUUACCAACUGCCCAGGUAAAAACGCACAUGCCGUAGCAGAGCUUGCUCUUGGUUUAAUGUUGUCUAUUGACAGAAGAAUCGCUGAGAAUGUUCAACUUCUUAAGGAAGCUAAAUGGAACAAGGGAGCUUAUGCUAAUUGCGCAGGUAUUAAAGGGAAAACAAUCGGAGUAGUAGGACUCGGAUCUAUUGGUCUCUUAGUUAUCGAAAGAGCAAAAGCAUUUGAAAUGAACGUUAUUGGAUUCUCAAGACAAGCGAGACCAGAUCUUGCUAAGAAAUACGGAAUAGAAGUAACCAACAAUCUUGGAUAUUUACUCCAAAACUCGGACGUAGUAAGCUUCCACAUCCCAGGAGGCAAAAGCACUGAGAAUAUCAUCGACAGUGAGCUUCUAAGUCACAUGAAGAAAGAUGCAGUCUUAUUGAAUACCUCAAGAGGAUCCAUUGUUAACGAAGACCACUUAUUCGCUCAUUUGGAGGAGAAUAAAGACUUCUGGUAUGGAACUGAUGUGUUCAAGGGAGAGCCAGCAGGUAAAGAUGGUGUUUUUGACCAUCCAAUUGCCAAACAUCCAAGAGUAUAUGGAACUCAUCAUAUUGGAGCAUCAACUAAGCAAUCUGAGGCUGCUAUCGGAGAAGAGGCAGUAAGAAUCAUUAAGAAAUUCGCAACCUAAGGUGCUGUUGAUAAUGAGAACUGUGUUAAUAGAGAAAAUAGUUCUGAUUAGAUCCAUAAAAUGAGCAUUAGACAUCUGGACAAAGUUGGUGUAUUAGCUCAUGCUUUCUAAGUUUUCGCAAACCAUUAGUUGAAUGUCCAAGAAGUAGAGAACAUUGUAUUCAAAGACAGACUUGCCUGCGUUGCUAACAUUAAAUUCAUUGGCGAAAUCUCCAAUAUUGACCAAGCCCUAGAAGAAAUCAGAAAGAAUGAGAAUGUUCUCGACAUUUCUUUGUGA